AUGAACAGGAUCAGCGUCACCAACUUCUUCGUCAACACCAUCGUUACCGCUCUCCAGACUCCGGAAUGGGAGCUCCUUCUGGCAAGGAUAGGCCCCACUGCCAUGCUCCAUCUUCUCACUGAAACGUCUAUCUUUGUCCCUUUGCCGAACGACUGCUACUGCCAAGUUGCAGGCGACUUUCUCGUCCACCGCAAGGCACCUGCUCUGACAACAAACAACGCUAACCGUCCCCAGGCACUUCCCAAGAAUAGUCAUGAGCAUAUCUCGGACGGCGGUAUGAUCUCGUGUAAGAGGAAAGCGGACCCGGAAAUGGAUCCAAUGGAGCAUCAACCGGCCAAGCGACGACGGCUUACCCUCAGCCGUUCAACGUCGUCUGCCUUUGCUGGUUCAUUCCGGGCGGUCAAUAGAACCACCGUGCUACGGUGCGAAUAA